AUGAAAGGAGCCUCAUCAAAAUAGCCGAAUUAGUCCUAAUAAAAAGUUACUCAAUAAUAGAUCUAAAUCCCACAUAGCACUAGAAUAAUGACUAGAUGGAGAGCAUCAAAUCAUAGACAUCUAAUUGACAGUGAUUCUGAGGAUCAGCCGCUUCAGUCAGAAUCAUCAAUGGUAUUUGCAAUAAAAGAAAGGGAAAACAUGCCCAGUUAACUCAGCAGUAGAACUACUAAUUAAACUCCUAAAGAAGGUCCUAAUAAUCGAAAAAAUUGUACGAACACUGUCUCUAGUAGCUAUCAAGAUAAGAGAAAAAUGAUGGCAAACCAUCAAAGAAGUUCAAUCACUCAUAAAUCUGAGAUAAAUGCAAGCGAAAUAUAGGAAAUUCAGUAAAAUAUAGAAGAAAAUACUCAAGAAACGCAGAUCAAUUAAAAGGUUGAAGGCGAGGAAUCUUCUCCAUUAAAAAAAUCAAUUUUGCAAUAAAUACCAACUGCCAAUUAAUAAAAACCACCUGUUCAAAAAUUUUAGAAUAAUGCUUAAAGCUCUGUUAACUCAUCAAUCCUGGAGAAAUACUCGACUCCGUCAACUUAAUAACCCUCGGCUAGAAGUGUUGCCUAAAAAUCUAUUAUAAAAUAUAAUUAAUCUCCGAAAGCAAGCAUUUAAGUUUAUAAGCCGAAAGAGCCUAAUCUAUCUCUAUAAUAAAAAACUUUUAAUAAGACUAUUGAAGCUAUGAUGUCUCCUGAGAGAAAGAAAGCAACAGAGAAUGAGAAAGAUAAUAAUUUCUUCAAAAGUAGCAAUCAAGCUAGCAUCUCUAGUAUUAAUUCAGUAAACUUUACAGAGAGAAAUUUUACAGGAGUAAAUGAUUAAAAUUCUUAGAAAAACAAAGAAGAAGAGAAUAGUAGUAAGAUGAAUGAUGAGUCUAUUAAUCAAGAUUCAUCCUACUAUAAGUUAGGUGGAAACAUUAAAUAAGAAGUGAGGAAACCUUAAAAGCUUCCAUAUUGUAUUCCAAAGAUGAAGACUUCUGGGAAAUCUAACACAUUAAUGUCUCCCCAAAAGUCAAAGUAAGCCAUAGAAAAUGCAAGUCCAUCAAAACUUGAAUAAAUAGAUGAAAAGGCAAAUAUCUAAGAUCAGGAAGCUUAUGUUAAUCUGAAAAAAGAAGUAAAUGAAUUCUUGAGAUAAAACAACUUGAGAUAGGUUACAGACAAGUUCGAUCAUGCAAAUUAUAUUUAAUAUGAUGAAUUCAAAAGGCUAUUAAUACAUUUGAAACUUGUUGACUAAAAUAGAAUAAACCCUGUUUAAGAUUAUCUGAUUGGAUAAAUGUGGGUCAAGGAACUUUAAGGGCUUAAUGACUGUUGUAUAAAAAAUGUGGUUACAUUACUAGUUGCAGUUCUAGGCAUAAAGAACUAGACAAUAUUUGUAGCAAAAGGAUAGGAUAAAAAAUUUAAGGUUAACGAUGGAUUAAUGGCAUUCAAUGAUCAAGGAGAAUCUAAGUUUUUAAAUUAAGAUGAUGCGGAUAAAUGCUUAAAUAGAUACCUCACUCUAUCAAAAUAAAGAGAAAAAGAGACCUCGAAGUCUCCUCCUAAAGUUCAAAACUCUCCCACAAAGUUAACUGAUAGCUUUGUUUCACAGAAUAAAACCCAACCAACCUCUCUUUUAAAUGACAUGUAAUAGCAGAAUUUUGGACGAAAUCAGCCAUUAAAUUGUAAGCCAUAAGUACAGUCACUUAAAGAUCAGCCUAGAAAAAGUAUACUAAAAAAACCAGCUCCGACUACAGAGGGUUUUUUGUAUCAGAGUUUGGAUGGCAAGCAAAAACUAUUUACUAAAGAAAAUUAAGAAGCAAAUCCAGAAAACAAAGCAAACAAGGAUUUAUAGUUAUUGAAUAUUUAAAAUUCAGGGUAAAAAAAGUAAAAUAAUCUGAAAUUAGCAGACAAAGAACCCUAAAUUUUCAACCCUUAUGAAGAAACUAAAGGGGAUACUAAAACGAUAUAGAUUACUUUAAAAGCAAAACCUGUCAUUCUACUUAAUAAAGAUGCACCUUCAAACGAAUAGAAAUCCUAAUCAGUACCAGACACGCCAUUAAACUUUUUACAAGUUAAAACUCAAGCAAAUAAAACUAAGGAUAUAAAGUAACCAAUGAAAAGAAUCAGCAACAAUGUUUUAUCUUUGCCUUUAGCCAGUAACGAAGCCUUAAAUGAUAGUGGCAAUAGCACCAAUAAUUAAAAGGUUGAGAUCAUAAAGCCAUUUAAUAUUGUCCCUAGAAGUAGAUAAAGUGGAGAGACUCCAAGAAUAAAUGUCGGCCAAUUUGAUAAUUAAAAUCAAUCCUCAAAAUAGCUUGAUUAGCUCUCAGCUACUAUGAGAAGUGAAGGUGAUACUCCAGGAAUGAGCACAUUAAACCUUCCAGGCACUCUUGGAAAGAUAACCGGAGGAAUGCGAAAGAGUAUGGGUAGGAGUUCAAACGCCUCAAAAAAUAGAAGACUUGCUUUAGAAUUAUUAUCUCCUGAUGAUUUUCUGAGUGAAAUAUCAGAAAUUCCAAUAAAUACCAAAUUCGAUAUUAAGCAAAAGAUGCCUGUUGAUGAAGAUUCUGAUAAAGUCUCAUUUUUUGGAAAGCAUUCUCAUGGCUCUAACAAGGUAUCAGAUGUUGUAUCUGGGAAUAAAGAUACAGAUGAAUCUGGAAGAAAAGCAAGACCCCUCCUUUUUAUGGAUGUAAAUCUUGGAGCGCAAAAAGGAGUUUAGAAAUUGAUUGUCUACGAAAAAGAUUCUCCCAGAUAUAUUGCUUCAAAGUUUGGUGAAAUGCAUUAACUAAGAGAGAAGGCAGUGACAUAGUUAGAGAGGCUUCUUAACAAAAAAAUUGAAGAAGCUCUCCAUACAAGAAAGAAGGUUAUCAAAGAGGAAGAUAGUCCAGAAAUGAAGAGUAGAUCACCAUCACCUACUCUAGUUGAUAUGAAAGUUGUGAGCAAUUCAAGAGCAAUCAAAGUGAAAUCCAACACUACUGGACCAAUCUAGAUUAAGAGAAAGGAAGAGCUUGAUGAUGAUUGGUGA